AUGGACCAACCGGCACCCCCGUCCCAGCAGCAGCUCCCACCUCACACGCAUCCCCGGCCAGCACGCUCCAAAAGCGGCUGCCUGACGUGCCGGAAGCGCAAGGUGAGGUGCGACGAGCUGCGGCCGCGCUGCUCCCACUGCACGCGGCUCAAUCUGCAAUGCAAGUGGCGACCCCCGUACAGCACGCCGACCCAGUGGAGGUUCGUCGUCGGCGAGCCGGACGUCCUCAAGGCCUCGUCCGCGGGCUCUGCGUCUGGCACGCCCUCAGCCCAGCAGCAGCAGCAUCAGCAGCAUCAAGAGCAGCUGCCGCAGCCGCCGCAGCGUCUCCCGGUCCGGUCUCCCGCCGACGAUGCCACCAACAUCUCGGAUGAGCCGUGGCUGCAGAAUCCGGGCGCCGUGGACCAGCUUUUCGACUACGCGAGUUUCAUGUGGGAGCCGACAGGGGAGUCUGUUCCGUAUGACAAUCCAGAGCCGAGUCAUCAGAAUGCAGCGUCGAUGAGCCGCGCAAUUGACCUGUGGCCGGGUGUCAACACUAGGGGGGUUGCAUCCAACCCGAGAUCUCCAGCUGGGGGACAAUCAAACAGUCUAUCUUUGAUACCGCAGCAGGGGGCCAUCGCAAAUGGGUCGAACCAGCUGGCCACCCUGACAGAACGUCCAGCACACACGGAGGACCACGACCUCAUCAACUUCUUCAUCGGGACCAUCGUCCCGCCCAUCCUGGCCGAGGUCGAGUCGGAGCGGCGAUGGUCCUCGAUGCGCCAGAUGCUAAUCUCCAUGUCUAACAACUCCACCAUGGUCCGGUCCGCCAUACUCGCCUUCUCGAGCCUCAUGUUCCAGCGCCAGGAGAACCCCUGGGGGCGCUCUCCGCAGCACUACUACGAGACGGCUCUGGCCGAGGUCGCUUCCCUGGACCCGACAUCCAUCGUCUCGGACUCCCGCCGGCGCCAAGUCUACCUCGCCUCGCUGUUCUUCUUAUGCUACGUUGAUAUUCUGGAGGACCGGAUGAACAAUGCCCAUGAUCACCUCAAACGCGCCUACGGGAUUUUCCAGCAGGUUGAAAAGCAAAAGUUUGGAGCCGUGGAGAUUAGACUUCUCUCCUGGAUCAGACUCCUCGAUGCAAGGGCGGUGUCGGCCGGAGGGGAGGGUCUCUUCCUGUCCUCGAACAGUGAACUCCUGAUCGUCCACCCAUCUCCAGCCAUUGCCUCGGAGACGGAGACCGUCGCGGAGGGAGUCGCGGAGGAAGUCAAGGAGUGGGACGUGGAGGACUCUCUUUUCCAGGUGCUAUACUCCCCUGGUGUCAUCUUCUUCCAGAAGGUGCAAAGCUACAUGGGUCGCAUCUCCAUGAUUGACCCCUGGCACCGUUCUCGAGGCACUGUGGAGGACGAGGUCGAGGUCAUGCGGAUCGCGGCCCAGAUAAUGAAGGAUCUGAGAACACUUUACGACGAACGGCCUACGUUAAUGGACCUCGCCAUCAAAGGCGACCUCAAACCGCCGCAUAUCUCAGCCAGCCUGGCAAUUCCCAUCACACGUGCAUUCAGGACCUACCUGUCGAACUACUAUGCCAGCAAGGUUCAUCUACAUCGCGUGGCGUUCAAGCACCUACCGCUAUCGAAGGAGACAGCAGAAGCGAUGGAGAAGAUCCGGAUUCUCACAAGACUCCUCGUCGAUACCCUCGAGCCCGACGCCGCUCUCCCGGUCAGCCAACUCUGGCCGCUGUUGAUGCUCGGCUCAGAGGAGGAGGAUCUCUCGGAGAGGGCGUGGAUCAAGGAGCAGAUUCUGCGUAUGGCCAAGGUCGCUACCAACGCCAGCAUCACGGCGCAUGUGCUGGAUGAGGUGCAGAAUCGGCAGGAUGCGUCGAAGGCUCGGGCUGAUAUACGCUCCGUGAUGCAUGAUAUUUUCGAUUCGUGUUUUGCGAUAAUGUAA